UUGAGAUGUUAGCAUACGUUCAUGUUUCCUAGCACCACGGUACAUUCUUGGCAUGACAGGGCUUUAAGUACUUCAAGUAGGGGGAGAAUGGCUCCGAUUGUUCCAGCUAUCCUCUCAGCGAUAAAAACUCUGACGAAUCCUCUUGGCGAGGUCUCUGCACAUGAUGCUCAGUCCUCCCACCAAGAUGCUCUGGUCGCAGUGCUGCGGACCAACAGGGCCCUUCUCCAAGAGCAGCUUCAGAAGGAGAGCAGCUUGGAGGAGGUGAGGAGACUCAGGGAGGAGGUGAUGGUUGCGGCAGACUGGUUCGGUGGUGACACAGAAGAUGCCACAUGGGCUUUUGUCCAGGAGUGUCUCCUUCUACUCCUCACCCUGUCGCGACAACUAUCCGCAGAACUCAAACUUUUCCAGCAGACGGACAGUCUGUCUGCGGCUAGGCUACGCACCGCUGAGAUGGCGCCACCGUUGCCUCCUGAUGUCUUCAGUGUGGCCCAGCAGCAGACCCUGUCAGCGUCUCUUCAAUUUGUGGUUUGUCUGGGCCUCUGCCCAUACUUGGCCACCGGAGUGGGGGUAUCACUGGGUCGCAGGUCAGCGUUUGGAGUCAUGGUAGACAAACUAGUCCGCGGUGGGACGGUGCCAGCAGCUGGAUGUCGUCUUUUCACCACCACCAAAGUUCUGAUGCAGUUGACAGAGCUUUCGUGUCUCGCCACAUUGGUGUUCACGCGGCAUUUGGGGGAUGUCUUGGCGGCGUUGAUCCAGCUUGGCUACCAGCCACGCCAUGCAGAGAGAAGCUGCUCAAAGGAGGGGACGAUGCACGAGCUCAGGGCAGUAGAGAGUCACACUUGUAAGGAGGUCCUCAGAAGCCUUCUAGGAAAGGUAUACCAGCCAAUGAUUGUCAAGGAGCUGCUGAUCCUCCAAGGUGGACCCAAGCAGGAUAAGUCUGGGGCAGGGGGGAGCUCCAGCAACGGCACUGCUUCAGGACUAGCUCCCACCUGGUUGAAGCGUGUGUGUGGUCGGCUGCUGUCUGAGCGUCUGAUGCAGUCCAACGGUGUCCAGGCUGUAGUUAGAGCCAUCUUGGAGGGAGGAACAGAAGCCAAUGCAGACUGGAGGAAAUGUGACUGCGUGGCCAGAAUACUGGUAAUCUGUCCUCAGCAGUCUGCAUCAGCAGACUCCUACUACGGACAAGUCUGUCGUCAGAUCCUUGAACUCCUGCACUUCAAGGACCAGCUGACAGCCCAGCAGCACCAGCGUGUGGCCACCAGGGCGGUGCUCCUCAUGGUGCAGGAGAAGCCCAACUUUGCUCACCAGUACCUGCUCACUCCUCUGCUCGAACCUCUCCACCGCUGUUCCACUGCUUCGGAUGAGGUUGAUUCCCACGCUGCUGUGGAGGAGUGUGAGCUGACUCGUUGUGUGACUGAUGUGUACAAGAUCUGUGUGGUUGGAAACAGUCCGUCAGCUUCUCUUCUCGGAGCUCUGGAAGAAGUUCUCCCUGUUAUCUUCACACUCUUCUGUUUUACCAAGCAGAACGUCUCUCACCUGCGCGCCCCCUGUGAGGAGAUCCUUCUGUGGUACUUGAGCCACGCUGACACGUCUGCGGCCCGGUCAGCACUGAGACAGCUUUCAGGUCUGCAGGACCCAAAAAACGAGGUAGCAGCAAAGUUCCACUUCACCCCGGGCAGUGAUGGAGGAGCCCGUCUGAGCUCAAGGGAGAUAUCCAGUGAAGAGGACGAUGCUUUGUAUGAGAAGUUGUCAGAAGAGCAGUGGAGGCUGGAGUGUCUUAUGCAGCUAUUGGCUGACCUCAAACACUGUGACCUGCCGGGAGACUUCUUCCUCGACCUGCUACAGGAGAUGGCUAGCUGGGAAGCUGCAGCAGAUGGGGAAAGGGAAGAUGACCCAGAGCUGGACAUAACCACCAUGACACUUGUGGAGGUGGAGCAGCGGCUGCUGGCUCCAUCUGCGAACCAAAGCCGGAAACUGGCUCUGCUUCAGGUGUUGGCUGUGAUGGUUGAUUGUGUGCAGCAUACUGUGCUGCUGAGAAAAACCUCACAGGUGGUGGACUUCUUGAUGUCUCUGCUUCAGAGGGCCUGUUUGGGUCUGGGUCAGGCCUCUGGUCCAGUUCUUGGAAGGCCAGUAGAGAGCGAGACGCUGCGGUUGGGGAUAGGCGUUGUGGCUACUCUGCUGUCUGGACCUAAGCUUAGUCAAGAAGACUACUCUUCUAUGUGGAGACUGCUCCCGCCACUGGAGUCGCUGUCUCAGAAGCACCCUGAGGUGCUCAUCCAGCAGCUGGCAUCCGACCUCAGAGCUGUCAUUGCCACUCAUGGGGCCUACCGGCCUGAGAACUUCCCCGCUGUCGCUUCGGCCUCCAUGAAGCCUAAAAUGACAGUCAAGAACACGCAAACCGGAGCUAACAACCCCCAGAUAAGUCCUCAUUCAUCGCCACCAGACCGAAACGCCAAAAGCAAUAGACCUCCAGCGUCCUUUGGAAAGUCUGCAGCGAAAGUAAGUCCAGAAGGUAGGACUUCUGGAACCAGUACCCUUCACCCUCCUACCAAGCCUUUUUCCGAUUGGCUGCUAGAAGCUUGUGACCCGGAUGUGCCAACCAGAGCGUUCGCCCUGAGGGUCCUGACUCAGAUGGUGAAGAGCGGAAACCCAGAGGCUGCCCACAACCAGGAGAAGCUCCUGAUGCUCUUCUUAGAAAACCUAGAGCAUGAAGACUCAUUCAUCUACCUGUCAGCCAUUCAAGGUUUGUCUGCAUUGGCAGAUUCAAACCCUGAGAGGGUUCUGGAAAGGCUUCUGAAAGACUUUCAUCAUGGACCCUCCCGUACCACAUCCAACAAGGAGCACUCCCUGGAAUUCCGCCUCAAAGUGGGAGAGGUUCUGAUGAGGGCGAGCAGGGCAAUGGGGGAACUGGCAACCCACCUCGGCCAUCCUCUGAUUAGCGUUUUCCUGCAAGGAACCAGGGACCCAGACCAAAGUGUCCGGGCCAGCAGUUUGUCAAACCUGGGGGAGCUCUGUCCAAGACUGGACUAUACCCUGGGAACUCUGGCCCAAGAGCUCUGCUCCUGUCUGACCGCUUUGAUAAAAACUGAGAAGGAGGCAGAGGUGAGGAGAGCUGCUGUCCAUGUUAUCACCCUGCUGCUCCGAGGCCUCAGCGACAAAACCACCGAGGUUCUCAGUGAUGUGUUGUUGGACCUGUAUCGAGCCCUGAAGUGGGUGGUGCGCUCCGACCCAGAUGAUGUUGCUGUGCUCCAUGCCCAGCUAGCUCUGGAGGAGAUGGAUGACAUAAUGAAGAGGUUCAUCUUCCCUAAGCAGAAGCUGCAGAAGAAGAUUGUUGUCCUGCCAUAGGACCAUUUUAAUCUCCUUUAUAACCCCUCCACAGUUUGGACAUAUUUUUAUAUGCUCUACCUCUAAGCAGCACUAGUUCUGCCUCCAUGUGACGAGAACUUUAUGGUACCUCUGGACGCACAGAAGCUACAGGUCCAAACUACCGGCAGCUUCCGAAAUAAGCAUUCAUCAUGUUCUACUCUCCAACCAAAUCCAAAUAAAGUUUUAUUAACCGGUUGUUCGGAAUUGUUAUACUAAAUGGGUACGUUAUUACCAUUAUUUUACCUAGGAUCUCAUUAAGGAUUUGACAGCUCAGCCACCCUUGAUGGAGGAAAACCAGGCUGGAUUCCAAGCUUAAAGGGGCACUCCACUGCUUUUAGGGAUAUAGGUUUGGCCCCUGCUCCGUCCUUUUGGCGACUAGCAGCAGGUUCUGAGUGUAAUCACUUCAAGUGAACAGAGAUUAUAACCUAGUCAUUCGGUAAUCAAUGUAAAUAUUGUCCCGUUACAAGCUUCAUAUUGUCUUUGAAAUUUGACACACAAAUAGAAUGUUUGAUACCUGUGUCUGCCUUUGCAACACACUCACAGUACACUGUACUAUUCCAGCAUUAAUGUUGGACAAACUUUCAAAAUGUAAGGUAUCGUCUAAGAAAUUUGUGUAAUGCCAACUCGGGUUAUUAAAUAUGUUAGUAGCUAAUGGUAUCAAAAGCGAAUAUAAAUGCAUUAGAAUUCUCCCACUAUCCACCGACAUGCAGUGUAUGUCAAACCAAAGCUGAUAUGAAGUUGAUGAACACGAUGUUAUAUUUAGACCAAUCAGGUCCCACACAAGGAGGUUAUUGUCUCCUUUUUUUUUCCCUCUGGACAAGCUUGUUGUAAAUCGCUCAUGUCAACUUGAUGUAUCAUGAGUAGUGAGAUGUGUUAAUGUACUGUAGCUAGAUUCCAUUCAAAAGGAAAUUUAUAUAAAUAACUACUAAACUGGAUAGGAUACCUGGAUAGUUAGCCGUGUACUCCACAAAUGUGGCCUCUAUGGAAGAGUAGCAAGAAGGCCACUGUUUCAUCUCGUUUGGAGUUUGCCACUAGCAAUGUGAGAACACUGCAAACAUGUGGAAGAAUGUGCUGUGGUCAGAUGAGAUCAGAAUUGAAUCUUCUUUUACCUCAAUGAAAACCCAACACUGUCGAUCACCCUGAGCACACCAUCCCAACAGGGAAAUAAAGCAUUGGAAGCAUCA